UCGUUUUGCGCACACGGGAAAAAUCGAAAUGAACAAAACAAUGAAUUGGCUUUGAAAUUCAUUAUCAGAAAGAAUACCAUCCGAGCCUGACAUUUGUUAUCAUUUUUAGCUUAGAUGUCUCUCAAAAUCUUUGUCGAUUCAUAAGUUUUUGUUGUGAUCUCUUCAUUGGAAAAGAAAGUGUGAAUUAACGUUGUUAAUGCUAAGUGAUCGUAUAAACAAUACAAAAUGAAUUUAGUCGAUAGCAAUAUGCCCUAUGGUAAUGGAUUACUGUAUUGUGGCUUCAACCAGGACCAAGGAUGUUUUGUUUGUGCCACAACAACGGGAUUUCGUGUAUUCAAUUCGGAUCCACUGAAAGAAAAAGAAAGUCAAAUGUUCGACACCACUGACGAGAACGGCAUACGUCAUGGACUGGGCCAUGUGGAAAUGCUAUUUCGGUGCAAUUAUUUGGCACUUGUUGGUGGCGGUUUGCGGCCUCUAUAUCCGCUAAAUAAAGUAGUCAUUUGGGAUGAUUUGAAAAAGAAUACGGCCAUUCAGCUGGAAUUCAAUGCACCAGUCAAAACGGUUCGUUUGCGACGCGAUCGCAUUGUUGUUGUGUUAGAGGGUAUCAUCAAAGUGUACACAUUCACAACUACACCAACACAGUUACAUGUCUUCGAAACGAGCCCAAAUCCGUUAGGAUUGUGUGUACUAUGCCCAAACAGUAACAAGUCAUUGCUUGCCUUUCCUGGACGACGAACCGGUCACGUUCAGAUUGUUGACUUGGCCAACACAGAAAAAGCUCCAUUAGAAAUAAGAGCGCACGAAGCGACCAUUAGUUGUAUAGCAUUAAAUUUACAAGGGACACGACUAGCCACAAGCUCGGAGCGUGGUACACUUAUCCGUGUAUUUGACACUUCAAACGGCAAUAGAGUCGCUGAGCUACGGCGCGGAACAAAUCAGGCUACCAUUUACUGCAUCAAUUUCAAUCAUCAAUCGACCUGUAUUGUCGUGUCAUCCGACCAUGGUACCAUACACGUAUUUAAUUUGGAGGAACAACAUAAAUCGAAGGAGUCGUCUGGCCUCCAAAUAAUACCCAAAUACUUCACGAGUCAAUGGUCGUUUUGUAAGUUUUCGGUGCCCAGAGAACCGCCGUGCAUCUGUGCUUUUGGUGCGGAUAAUAAUUCGGUUAUCGUUAUUUGCGCCGAUGGUCAUUACUACAAAUUCAUAUUUGACAGCAAAGGUGGCAGUAGUACGGACGUGUGCACGCAAUUCCUCGAAUUGACGGAACCAGAGGAUUAAUGUGUCGAUAAUAAAUAUGCGAACUUUGAAGCGUACGUAUGUAAAUCGCAUAUUUUGACAUCCUUAUUUUCUCUUCAACAUACAUAUAAAAAUACAAAAUAUUAUUAACAAAAAAAAUGAAAUCUUUUUUCUAAUUUUGAAAUCAUUUAUAAUUCAAUGGAAGGAAGAAAGAGACAAAAUAAACUUUUAUUAUUAUAUCAAAC